AUGGUCGAAAAGGUGUAUGUAACAUACAAUGAGAUUCACAAAUUAUGCCAGACUUCGGCUCCAAGGAUCCUACAGGACUUCCAGCCGAAUUUGAUGAUCGCAAUUGGCGGCGGCGGAUAUGUCCCUGCACGAAUCCUGAGAUCUUUUCUUAAACAACCAGGCGCCCCCAACAUCCCCAUUCAAGCGAUCGGUCUUUCCCUUUACGAGCAACUCUCUGGCUCCGACCCUGUCGAGGCCCCUGGUACAAAGGUUACGAGAACUCAAUGGCUCGACCUCUCCUCUCUGGAAAUGUCGAAUCUGAUCGGCAAGAAUGUUCUGAUUGUUGAUGAGGUGGACGAUACUCGAACAACUCUAGAAUACGCCGUCAGAGAGCUGGAAAAAGAUGUCGAAAUCGCAAGGCAACAGCAGGGUAGACAAGAAAAGACGAAAUUCUCGAUAUUCGUGUUGCACAACAAAGACAAGGAAAAGAAAGGCCGGCUCCCGACCGACAUGGUUGACGACAAUCGAUAUUUGGCGGCAGUCACCGUGCCCGACGUUUGGAUCUGUUAUCCUUGGGAGGCAACAGACAUUGACGAGCAUGAUGCACUGGCCGCUAAGCACAGUGCGGUAUAG